AUGGGCAAUGACGCCUCGCGCGAGUCGACACCGCAUGGUCUGACCGACAAACGUCCGAUGGCCGCCGGCCGCGCGGUGUUCGCCGCCAAGGCCGCGCGCUACGAGACGCCGAGCAACAACAACGACAACGACAGUGAUGACAGUGACGACGACGAGCCUCGCAUGCCACCGCCGCCGGUGCGAGGGCCCGUGCAGGCUACGCGUCCAGUCACGCAACCGCCGGCUUCGUACUCGGUGCGGUCACCGCCCGUUGUGCCUGCGCACUUGCGGCCCAAGAUUCUUCUGCCAAGCGCCAAGGGACUCGUUCCUGGCGACCUCACCGCGGCGCUGAUAACCGCCGCCUGGCUAUUAAGUGUCUGGAUCAUGGGCAUGGUCUGCGCCAAGUCUGCAAUGCGCGACGAGCCACCAGCCUUUACGCCUGCGUCGCAGUGGAACGAUCGGCGCCAAGAGUCGGUCGAAGAGGUCGUUGUGCCCAUGAGCAACGAAGAGUUGGCCCUCCGGACGCUGCAGUACGACGCCAACGGCGCGGGAAUGUUUGAAAAGUUCGAGUCGCAGUCGGGCGCCCGCGUCGUGCACUCGACGCCGUCGACGCCUGAACCGUCCACGCACGAGGACGAGGCCAACGAUGUCAUUGACGAUGCGACCGACAAAGCAACGACGGCCAAGGUGCUCCAAGAGCAGGCGCCCAUCGGUCGACGGGCCUUUGGCGCGCGCAUCGUCGCGCCGUCAGUGUCCGUGGGCAUCUUACCGGGGCUCUACGACGCCGCGACGCCGGAGGCAGAUGACCCCGAGAUUGACCUGGCGCUGCAUUUGGGCCGUGCCAAGCCCAGGAGGCCAUGAGGAAUCCAACUCCUCGUAUUUAUUAUAAAGACAUG